CAGCCUGCGGUGCCCCCGCCCGGCUCCGGCGGGACUCCGGGACUGGGGAGCCUGAGCGCCCCGGGGGCAGGGCGGGGGGAGCCUCGGGCUGCGCCCGAGAGGCAGGGCCGAGGCGGGAGGGCGCCCGCGGGAGGAGGGGAGUAGGAGAGCGGGCGGGCGCCGGCGGCGGGCGGCGGGAGCCGCGGCGCGCGCGCUUCCCUGGCGGUGCUGGGAGCUGCCCGAGUUUGUCCUGGUGGCUGAGCCUCACCCCCACACCUAUUGGUGCAUCCGGAAGAUUCCCUGACUGGUCAAGAGCCAGAGGAAGAAGAGACCUGGAAGUCCCAACAUGGGGACCAGAGCUCCCCAGCCAGCCUCAUAGUGAGGAAAGCAGUCAGAUCGCCUUCCCCAUCAACCACAGGGAUACUUCAGGCAGGGCCCCCAUAGUAUGGAGGCUGAGGGCCUCUGCUGACCCUCAGUGCCCCCCACUGCCCUCCACACCUGACCAAAGCUGGGUCAGUCAUGCAAUGCUAAGCAGUAGGAUAGGCCUAGGGGCAGUUUGCCUCACUACAGGGCAAGGAUUGUGGGCAUCAUGGAGGUGUGUGUGAGUGGAGCUCCUGGGUGAGACCUAGCCCCCACCCCCAGGAGCUCAAAGGGGGUGGGGGGGCCUAGGAGAGCAUGGCUCAGGGUGCAGUGGGGGCAGAGGAGGCCUCCCUGCGCUCAAACGCGCUGUCCUGGCUGGCCUGUGGGCUCCUGGCACUGCUGGCCAAUGCCUGGAUCAUCCUCAGCAUCUCGGCCAAGCAGCAGAAGCACAAGCCACUAGAGUUGCUGCUGUGCUUCCUGGCGGGCACACACAUACUCAUGGCGGCUGUGCCCCUCACCACCUUCGCUGUGGUGCAGCUACGGCGCCAGGCUUCCUCCGACUAUGACUGGAACGAGAGCAUCUGCAAGGUCUUUGUGUCCACCUACUACACACUGGCUCUAGCCACCUGUUUCACGGUCGCCUCACUCUCCUACCAUCGCAUGUGGAUGGUGCGCUGGCCUGUCAACUACCGCCUCAGCAACGCCAAGAAGCAGGCGCUGCACGCUGUCAUGGGCAUCUGGAUGGUCAGCUUCAUCCUCUCCACGCUGCCCUCCAUUGGCUGGCACAACAAUGGCGAGCGUUACUAUGCCCGUGGCUGCCAGUUCAUAGUCUCCAAGAUUGGCCUGGGCUUUGGUGUCUGCUUCAGCCUUUUGCUACUCGGGGGCAUUGUCAUGGGGCUAGUUUGUGUGGCCAUCACCUUCUACCAGACGCUGUGGGCCCGGCCCCGGAGGGCUCGGCAGGCCCGGAGAGCAGGGGGUGGGGCCAAGGGGGGUGGGCCAGGGGGCUUGGGUACUCGGCCAGCCUUUGAGGUGCCAGCCAUUGUGGUGGAGGACGCCCGAGGGAAGCGGCGGUCCUCACUGGACGGCUCCGAGUCGGCCAAGACGUCCCUGCAGGUCACCAACUUGGUCAGCGCCAUCGUCUUUCUCUAUGACUCACUCACAGGGGUGCCUAUCUUGGUGGUGAGCUUUUUCUCCCUUAAGUCGGACUCGGCUCCCCCAUGGAUGGUGCUGGCUGUGCUGUGGUGUUCGAUGGCUCAGACACUGCUGCUGCCCUCCUUCAUCUGGUCCUGUGAGCGCUACCGGGCUGAUGUGCGCACCGUGUGGGAGCAGUGCGUGGCUAUCAUGUCCGAGGAGGAUGGCGAUGACGAUGGAGGCUAUGAUGAUUAUGCAGAUGGCCGAGUGUGCAAAGUUCGCUUUGAUGCUAAUGGGGCCACAGGACCAGGGGCCAGGGACCCCAGCCAGGUGAAGCUGCUACCUGGAAGGCACAUGCUCUUUCCCCCUCUUGAGAGGGUCCACUACUUACAGGCUCCUUCCUGCACAAGUGGUCAUCUUCUGAUGACAUCCGGGUCCUCCCGGCCCAGAGCCGGGCCCUGGGAGGCCCUCCUGAGUACCUGGGACGAAGACAAAGGUUGGAGGAUGAGGAGGACGAGGAGGAAGCUGAAGGUGGGGGGCUGGCCAGCCUUCGCCAAUUCCUUGAAGGUGGGAUUCUGGGGUCAGCUGGAGGACCCCCAAGGGGUCCUGGCUUCUUCCGGGAGGAGAUCACCACGUUCAUUGAUGAGACACCUCUGCCUUCUCCGACUGCCUCACCAGGGCCCUCUCCUCGCCGGCCCAGGCCGCUGGGCCCCUCACCCCGCCGACUCUCCCUUGGGUCCCCUGACAGCAGAGUCAUUGGACUUUCUCUGGGGCUAAGUGCAGGGAGACGCUGCUCCCUGACUGGAGGUGAAGGGACUACAAGAGCUUGGGGAGGAUCCUGGGGCCCAGGUAACCCCAUCUUCCCCCAGAUGACCCUGUGAGCCUAAUCAGGCCUGUGGACUCAGACAGACAAGGGGGCCUGGGUGGGUAGCACCUUGCUCUGGCCCUGGGCCGAGGGCGCUGCCUCCAGACUCCAGGGAGAUGGGCACUGGAUCUGGGGCCCUGCAGCCCCUGCUGUCUCCCAUCCAAGUGACCAGAUGCCCUACCCACCUUCCAUCAUCCCUAUCAAAAUGUAUUAAAAUCUGAAAUGUUACCACUGAAA